UAAUGAAUAUACAGGAACGUCCAAAUUUGUUUAUCUUGUAUCCCUAUCCAUUCAAUAGAGAUGCGAAGUUUAAGUAUGUAGAAAUAAAUUAUUCGCCUUCAUUUAGUGAGUAUAGAAUUCACUCAAUUUUAUAAGAACCAUGAAAUGUAUGAUGGAAACUAUACCAAUAUUCAAUAAUGACAUGGACCCUGCUCAACCUGGAUUUAUACCACUUAUAGAUUAAGUAUUAAUUAUAUUGAUUUAGCCUCUUCAUCUAUAACAUAAUGAUCAAUAUCAAAAUUAAUACUAAAAAAAGUAUUAAGAAUUGACUUAAAAAAAUAAAGUGCUUGUAAGUAUUUUUAAUGAUAUCAGCACUUUCCCAAACCUAAAAGCCAGUCAAAAUAUUGUAAUGUUUGUAAACAACAUUAUGAAGAUUAUUUAGAUGUAUUACUUUACUUAAAUUAGCAUAUUAAAUCUAAAACACACAAGUCAUAAUUUACAAAAAAUCAAUAUAUUAAGAAAAUCUAGACAUUAGCUAAAGAAGUUUAAGAAAAAGUAGUAUCUACAAUCGAAUAGUAAGAAUCUACUGAAGUUUAACCUAAGAAAAUGAAAAAAACUAAACUAAAUUGA